AAAAAAUUACGGAACCAAAACGAGGCGCGGAGCGCAUCAAUGCCGGAAGUAAACAAGUUGAGGUUCUACUUCUUUUAGAAAGAAUCGCGCGGUUCACGUGGUGUUAUGGCUGAUGUGCCGGAGGACGCCCCGCAGCACUGUCCCGGCACGGGGAGCAGUGAUGCGGGGAAGAGCUCGGCCUGUCAGGGGUGUCCCAACCAGUCAGCAUGCGCCUCCGGGGCGGCGGCAGGACCGGACCCAGCAAUAGAAGAAAUCAAAGAAAAAAUGUCAUCAGUGAAACACAAGAUUCUGGUUCUCUCAGGAAAGGGAGGAGUUGGGAAAAGCACAUUUAGUGCACAUUUGGCUCAUGGCUUGGCUGAAGAGGAAGAUAAGCAGAUCGCUUUGCUUGAUGUGGACAUCUGUGGUCCGUCAAUUCCAAAAAUAAUGGGUCUAGAAGGCGAACCGGUUCACCAAAGUGGCUCUGGAUGGUCACCUGUUUAUGUAGAGGACAACCUGGCGGUGAUGUCUGUCGGCUUCUUGCUUGGUAGUCCAGAUGAUGCAGUUAUAUGGAGGGGCCCCAAGAAGAAUGGAAUGAUUAAGCAGUUUUUGAGAGAUGUAGACUGGGGAGAAGUGGAUUACCUGAUAGUAGAUACUCCUCCUGGAACCUCUGAUGAGCAUCUGUCAGUAGUGCAGUACCUUAGUGCGGCUCACAUUGAUGGCGCGGUCAUCAUCACUACUCCUCAGGAGGUAUCGCUCCAAGAUGUACGAAAAGAAAUAAAUUUUUGUCGCAAAGUGAAAUUGCCGAUUAUUGGAGUAGUAGAAAACAUGAGUGGUUUUAUCUGCCCAAAAUGCAAGAAUGAAUCUCAGAUUUUCCCUCCAACUACUGGGGGAGCGGAGAAAAUGUGCAGUGAUUUCGGCAUUCCCCUGCUGGGCAGGGUUCCCCUGGACCCAAAUAUAGGAAGGAGCUGUGACGCCGGCAAAUCCUUUUUUACUGAAAUUCCAGAUUCUCCAGCAACCUUGUCCUACAGAGCAAUAAUACAAAAAAUUCAAGACUUUUGUUCCUCGAGACCCUGACCAUGAGUUUCUUUGAACAGGAACGGUACAGAGUAACUCCCCAAGUGAUUGUUUAAUAUUCCAGUUUCUGAAAUCUCUACAAGGACAACGUUAAAUCAUAUCAUUAGCUUUUUACUAUGUGACGGCUUCGUUUGAGUUUUCUCUUAAUUGGAAAAUGGCCACUAAGUAGAUGUCUGCUUCUAGACAUUGAUAUAUUGCUUAGAACGGACUGCCACUAUUUGAUGGAGAAUCUCCUGCAGUGAAAAUAAGAUGUUUUCUCACUGGACAAACAAGAUAAGAAGUCAAUCUGCUCACUUAAUAACAAGCACAGAUGACAAGAAUCCUUUAAAAAGUAGAAGCGUAAGAACUGCAAGCCUACCAGACCCAAGAAAAAGAAAAGUUCAGUUUCACUGUGGUCAAUCAUUGUAUCCAGAAUAAAAAUAUUUAAUAAGCCAAAAAAAA